CCAUGUAUUCUACAUAGAUUAUACGGUAGUCUGUACGAAAUUUUGGCCCAAUAAAUCUUCAUAGCUCUUGGUCCACAGUCGAAAUUAUCGUCACCGCCAUGAAAACCUCAAAUCUUACAAAAUGUUCGUUUAUAUUCCAUGGUUACUACCAUAAACUAUUACCAACAUCGGUUACUACGAUCCAACGGCAGUGGCAGAUGAAAAUGAUCUAUUGGUUGUGGCUUUGAUAUUGUUGGGUAGAAGUGUGUAACAAAAAUACAUUUGGAAAGUUCUAAUAUGUCGUGUCAAAUUAAAACAAUUGCCAGUUUAAUUAACGUGGACAGUGUUAAAAAUUGUUUGUUUCCUUCGGGUAAUGGGGCUGAGUCUCCCGAUCCUUGGGAAUGGCCAGUCGAAGACUCACAAAAUUUUAACGGCAAGGAACACGCUUGGUUACAAGAAUGUUGCCUGUCAAUUUCUCCAACAUGGGAGUUGCUUGUUAUUGCCCACAGGAAUCGUAUGACAAUUUUGACAUCAAAAUGGGAUUCACAAGAAGAAGGAGAGGUCAAGACCAAGUAUCAUGUAACAUGGCGUGGAAACCUCUGUGAAAAUGAAAAAACCAAACUUCUUCCUCUCAGCGAGCAGAUAACCUCAGUCCUAUGUCUGCCAUUAAUCUCCCAAGGAAAGAGCAGCCACUGUGGUCCAGACUGGACAUGUGUCGUUGUUGGCUUAUCAUCAGGAUUUGUUCAGUUUUACACAGAGAAUUGCAAUCUGCUUCUGUCAGAGCAGCUCCACAAUGAACCAGUUACCCAUCUGAAGUGCCAGUCUUUCGAACCAGCGAGAUAUUCAACAGCACAAGAGCACAGUGAAGACCUGUAUGUCGUGUGCUGCAGUGCUGUAUGUGUUCUGAUGGGCUCUGGCCUUUUUGAGACGUUGCGUGCCUGUCGCAAUCAAUUGGCAAGAGUGCAAGCAAAUUGUGGAGACAUGAUAAGACCACCUCCUCUCAGGUACAAGAAAUGGGGGUUUACUGAACAGGAUAGGGUGGCUGACUUGGAGGUUGUUGGUCCAGCUACAGACAGCACGUUUGAUCACCUAGUAACGGCGUCUUUGUGCGGAGGCUUCAACACAAAUUACCGCUCCACUGCCCCACAGACUUCUCUCAUAUUAGCUGUUGGUGAGAAACCUUAUGUUGGAUUUCACUAUGCCUUGGAAGGAGAACCGGCGCUUGUGUUUGCAGGCGUUACCAAAGCAGUGGUCAGUAAAAUGAAGUCUGCAAUCGGUCAGGUUGUCCCGAGCUGGAUAAUGGGAGGCAUAAAAAGCAGUUCUGCCGAGAAAGCGAAAGAAAAUGUCCCGAUUGAACCUGCAGUUCCAGUAGGAUGUAGAUUUGGGUUGUGUGAUCUAUUGAGGCAUGGAGAUAGGGUGGUGAUAUCUCCAGAUAGGAAACUGUCCAUAGUGUCGGACAGCCUGGGACGAGUCAUUCUGAUAGAUAAUCUAAAAGGAGUGGCAAUUCGUAUGUGGAAGGGAUAUCGUGAUGCUCAGUGUGGGUGGCUUGAAGUUCAAGAAGAAACAAGGCAACGUGGCAUCAGCUCUAGGAAUACUCGUCAGCCGCGAAUGGCGUUGUUUCUCGUCAUCUACGUACCUAAGCAAGGCAUCAUAGAGAUAUGGGCGAUGCAGCAGGGACCCAGAGUUGCCAAGUUUACAGCAAGCAAAAGUGGAAGGCUGCUACAUAUGGGUUAUGGCCUUGUGGGUCUAAACAACAUUCCAUUGAAAGGUGGCAACAGAUGCCAGUUUUCUUGUGUUUUUAUUGAUCCAAGUGGUUUAGUGAAGGAGAUCUCUGUACCCUUCCACUUUGCACUGAGUGAUAAAAAUAGUAACAGAGCUAGAGACCUUCACUUGCUGAAGAAACUGAAGGUUCUCCUGAAGGAAGAAGAUUCUGAUGAUAAGUUGAUUGAGGAGGUACGAAAGACAGUACAGGAACUAAAAACGAAUGACGUACGAACUCAGACUCUUGAGAUGUUGUCAACCAGUAAAUAUAUUACUCCCGAUGCUCUGGAUGCUGCAUUAAGUGUUGUUGUUGAAAAAUUGAUUGGACAAGAUUCCAGUUCCCUGGACUUCAGCAGUAAAACGUUGCUUCAGAUGGCUCAGCAAUUACAGAGGCUUGUGUCUUUCUAUCAGUUUGUUCACCAAGAGCAUCAGGUACCCCCAACGUACAACACAGUUGUAGCUGAUGUUCUCAACUCACUACAGACGCUGUCUGUGCUCUUGCAUGCAUCAGAAAGGGAAGUGAAUGGCGUGAGGAAACUGAUUGCUGCUGUAGAGACAAAACCUCAAUCAGAGGCAAGAGUCGCGUUCAGAGAGGACGGGAAGACUGCAUUUGUCGAGUUUCUAUCUUGUUUUGACAUUGGAGGCCCUUUGAAGGAAACGUCAGAAAUCUGUCUCAAGAAAAACAUCUCUGAAGACAAACUGAAAAGAAGCAGUGAGUUUGCCAUUUCAGGAAACAUAAGAAGUUUCAUGGAGCUGUUGAAAGCCAUCUGUUCACUAGCAGAUGUAAAUGUGAUAUGUGCAGAGUACAAUGAGCUGUCAACUUGGUGGUGUGAUGUUCGCAGUGUGCUGAUGGAUUCUGUGAAUCCAUUCAUGGCACUCACAGGAGCCAUUGUUUGCAGAGCUGUUGCUCUUUGUGUGGAAAGGGAAAGGGAUUUCAAGAACCAUCAUGCACAUGAUGUCUUGGUUCCAAAUGCAGUGCCGGCAGGUGCAGUUUCACAGCAACAAGAAUCCUCUGCUGCAUCACCAGACGAUGAGGCUCACAGUUCAGCAAGUGAGUGGGAGAAUGUCUCUCGUGACACCUGUCAUUGGAGCUUGCUGAUUGGCCAGUUGGAAGAUGUGGCUCUGUUGGACACAGUGUUAAGGCGGAAGCCAACACCAGGAGAAAAGGGUGGAAUGCAAAUAUCACCCAAACCUCAGCUGUUCUGCUGUCUUUACAGGAGGCCUGCAGUGUCGCUUAGCUAUGUUCUCAACAGAGGAAAAGGAUCAGUGUCUGAGCUUGUUGCUCAGUGGCUCAGUUCUGCAGGACUUGACCCAUGCAAACUGGUGGACGUGUCUGAUGUUGAAUUUGAAAAUUUGGAACAAGAGCAGACGGAAGAAAGUAAUUUGAGGAAAACUGCUUCUGUAGACAUCAAGGAAGGUUGCAAGCUGGAAGUCGAGCAAGGGACAGAAGCCACGCCAGCAAAUGAACAUGAAACUGAGAUACUGGCUAACCUGGCUAUGCUAAAAUGCCACUUCCCAUACAGUUUGUCAUCAAGUAUUCUUUUGGCCAAUUUGUGCUGGGAAUUCAUGUUGGCAUGGCACCGCAACGUGGAUGAGUUGAAUGCUCUGCAUGCUGCAGUGAAAUGCCUACAAGCAGUUCCGUCACCUCAUCUGAAAGCAGGAUUAAGUAGCCUUAUGUGGACAAUGCACCUGAGACAAAGGUUUGACUCAGCUGCUCGACUGUUUCACAAAGUUGGUAAAAUUCCUAAGGAGCGCCUCUGUAGGCAGGAUACUGGAAUGUCGGAUCAGGAGAUGCCGCUGUUUUUUAACGUGUGUGUGGAUUUCUUGGAUGUUUUUAUGGAAGCGACCAUAAUGAGUGCUGCUCAAGCUCCAUUGGACAUGAAUCGAUGUGAAGAGCUCUGGAAGUGUGAAGGAUCGGGUCCCCCGUCAUUAGUUGAGUUGGCUGUUGCGCAGUCAGCAGUCAACUAUGACUUGCUUCAUCUUAAUCACCAGUUGGCUGUUGCUUUGCAUAUGAUGGCUUCCUUUAUCUUGCGCUUCCCACACCCCAUUUCAUCUCUCUUUGAUAAUGUGGGUCAGGCAGCAUUGUUUGCGGACUUAACCUCGCAGCCUCAGCUACCAGGCCAUAAUCUGGAGCAGGCAGUUAUUAUCAGUCGGACUAAUUUCCUGUGCAAAGUCAUCACUUCGGCUGUGCAGACAAUACAGAAGAUGGAAUGGGAUGAAAAUGAUCAAGACGAUAAGUCAGCAGUCAACUAUGACUUGCUUCAUCUUAAUCACCAGUUGGCUGUUGCUUUGCAUAUGAUGGCUUCCUUUAUCUUGCGCUUCCCACACCCCAUUUCAUCUCUCUUUGAUAACGUGGGUCAGGCAGCAUUGUUUGCGGACUUAACCUCGCAGCCUCAGCUACCAGGCCAUAAUCUGGAGCAGGCAGUUAUUAUCAGUCGGACUAAUUUCCUGUGCAAAGUCAUCACUUUGGCUGUGCAGACAAUACAGAAGAUGGAAUGGGAUGAAAAUGAUCAAGACGAUAAGGUGACAAAGUUGGAUGCCAAACUUGCUGUUCAGUGGAUGAGCAAAUGCUUAAACCUUGCAUCUGUAUGGCAAGUUAGCACUGACACUUUAUGCAGACACCAAAUCUGUGAACUCUAUUCUAAUGGCUACGAUCGCUUGGCCGAGGAGAUAAUGCCUGCAGUGCAAGAUUCAUCUCUGUUAGCCUCUCAGCUGUUGCUGAUUGUCGGACAGCGCAUGUGGAAGAUUGUUACGAACUCUCCAGAUGUGGUUUGCACAUUGUCAUAUCUCAAUCCUUCACUCUGUAUAUGGCUUCAAAGUCUGAAUAAGGACAGUCUGAAGAGCAGUGACACCCCUGAUCUAAGUGACUUGGCACAGCUGCUUGCCCUUAUAAUGCAGCAUCUACCUGAAGAUCAUCAGGACUACCAUCUUGCUCUUCAAAUGGUUGAGCCGGUGCAGGCAUUGAUAAGCGCUUGCAAGGACAGGGCUGCCACGUGACGCUUGUCCUAACACGAAGGCAAGGAAUAUUAUGGCUGUGUGAUGUAAAUAAAGACAUGAAACUGUUAAUUUUCAAUUUUGUAGUUAAGACUUCAGAACUGUUUGUAAAGUAAGGCUCCAAGAAUGCACCUUAAAGAGAUCCCCUCCUCUCUAGAUUGUUCAUAAUGUACUCUAUAGUUCUGUAGCUAUGGUUGGAAAUUUUACUGAAUAUCACAAUUUUCCUGCUAAGACAAAGAAAUAAGUAACUAGGUCCAUGGAGCAGUUGCUUAUGGAGAAGUUGGUAAUAUGCUAAGCUAGUCAAACUCAACAUCUCUUAAGAACCCGAAGGCUUAUUAUUGUGUUCACAAGAGUUUACGCAAAGAAACGGAAGCUUGUUCUUGUAAGGCAAUGUUUACUUUUUUGGCACUGGUGAGAACAGUGCAGAGCAAAAACAUUUGUGCUUUCAUUUUUAUUUGCUUGUUUGUGGGUUUAAGUGUUCUUAUAUAUGAAACUAUUUUGAUAUUUCUUUUCUGUAGUUUUUACAGUUAUUCAAAAACAAUGAAAUUGUAGAUUGUGGUUCUAUUGGUUGUGAUACUCUGUAGUCUUGUACAUCCUAUUGUCAUCUGACUAACUUAUGGAUCCAUGGAAUGUAAUAAAGAUGUAUGUAUGUAUGUUGUCACCGUUCUUUUAGUAAGAAUGUAUUGCGUCCAUCUUCAGGGUAGCACUUCUGACUUGAAGUUGGAGAUGGUAUGUCCCUCCGGAACACUGGUAACUAUGUAAAAAACUAAACAGUGUCACAAUCCAUGAAACCACAAUCUACAGAAGUAAAUCAAAUUUCUUCUAAUAAGAUAGUGGACGUAGGUAAUUAACUUCUGAUAGCACGUUAAUUCCGAGUCUUGUUGAUUUGAUAAAACUUGUAAUUAUUAUAAUGCCCCUGGUGAGAAGGGACCACUGAUCUAUUGUCACCAGAGGUUGGUACAUCUCAUGUGAGUUGCUCAAAUAUGCUGUCAUAAUUGCAUGUAAUAGUUUCAUUAUCAGAGUUCUCAAGACAUGAUUCAAAGUGAUAAUGCCAGAAUUUUGAAUAGCUUAAUUGUGUUAGUUGUGCUGUCUUAUCGAUCAGGAAUUUUUAGCUGUGGCACUUCUUCUAGAAAAAUCAGAGGUGUUUUAUUCCCUAGCGCACCAAUGCCUUAUGUGCAGCCUGUGUACAUUUUUGUGAUAUUAUAUUACUCUGCAUAAUGAUAAAAUACAGUGUGUCCACUGACAAAGUUAAAUGUUCUCAGCACCUAGAAGUAUCGGCAGUAACGACUCGCUGCCAGGUGCUACAAGAUUUCAAGCAUUGCUCCAUAAAGCAUGUCAACUUACCUAAUUAUAUGAUUUGCUGAAAACAUUCUCCCUGUGCAAGCGCACACUCUAUAGAACUCCGUUACCACUUAUUUUUGGGAGCAAACAUGCCCAUUCAAAUGAAACAAUUGCAUCAUAAAAAAUCAAAUCAGCGUCAACUUUCCCAUCGAGGUCGCAUGGUUGCAAAACUUGAACUACAAUCUCAUUGUAUGGCUGAAGUUCAAGCAGCUUCAUUGCUUUGACUGCUGAUGAUUUCAAGAUGCCGGUCACCUGGGUAAGGCAGCUCAGCGAUUUCAUUGGUGUGUGUUUUAACCUAGCUCCUGUAUUUUCUGGUUUUUAUUUGGUAGUCACAUUGCACAUUUUUUAGCUGGUUUAUGGUCCAGCAGUGACCCAUUAGGCGUGACUUUAUUAAAAAGUUAUGGAUGCCUGUUAUAUUUGGAACUUUGAUCCUGCAAAAUUUGAAAAAUAUUCUGACAUUUUCUAGCGGAAUCACUUUUCACAUGAUUCACACGGAAAGACACGCUGUUCAACAGUCUGUUGAAACAUAACCACACACACACAACUGUAACCAUCACUUAACACUUUUAGCACCAAUUGCUCUUGGAGCUUGAUGGUGAGUUAUGCAUUUCCUGCUGGGAGCUGGGAAUUGACAGAUGCGUUUAAGUUUGUCAACAGAUGCACUAUAGUUGUAGCCUGAAUUCCAUAUUUAAUUUUAAUUUAAGUUAGCAGUUAAUGGAAAGUAACUUUAGGAAUUUUAUUGACUGAAUUAUGAUCCUGUUUGUAAUAGUAAGCUACUAGCAGUUCAAAUAUAUUGUCGUGAAAUAUCGCAAAAUUGUCGCCAUUUAUAAACGACAGCUCGUGACUCAAUUGGAAAUGGUGUAAGUGGGCCUAGGUUUUAAAAGGUACAAAAUCAUCAUUUCACUUUUUUGCGUACUUUGGUCUUCAGCAAAAGUGAUUAAAAAUCAUCACUUUUUAUUAAAACAGUUCUAUUUAUGUACCUGUGUUUUAAAAAUUUCUCGGUUAUACCAAAAUGACUGUAUACUUUUGCAGUAUGAGGACGUGCUUGCAUUUAUUAAUUGUAAAGACAAGACAUUAAUUUAUUUUUAUGAAAGUUCCCUUUACAUUGACAUGUGAAGGGUGCAGAAUCUGCCACACUUCAAAAACUUUCUCAGCAGAAAAAUUUAAACAUUUUUUUUAACAAAUGGCAGAUAUUUGUCAGUGGUUUCAGAAUAUUGUACAGUUUUAUUUUUUCUUGUUAAUAAAUUACAGUUUUAAAGGAAAGUA